AAAGAUAUUUUGCGGGAAUUUAUCCUGUUGGUUUACCUUAGCGAUAAUGGAUUCAGGUAUUACAGAUAACAUUCGACGUCGUAAACGAAGAGAACUGACUCCAGAACAAAAGCAGGAAAUUGUUGAGGCUUUCGAUCUUUUUGAUACAGACAAAGAUCAGGAGAUCAGUUAUUAUGAAUUUAAGGUUGCACUUCGAGCACUUGGGUUCGAACUGAAAAAGCAAGAGGUACUGAAAACUUUAGAAGAUUAUAAUAUCAAAGAAGAUUCUGGAAAACUUCGAUUUGAAGAUUUUAAUGAAAUAGUAACAGAUAUGAUUUUGGAUAGAGAUCCUGUCACAGAACUUGUUCGUGCCUUUAAAUUAUUCGAUGAAGAUGAUAAUGGGAAAAUUACUUAUCGUAAUUUAAAGAAAAUUUCCAGGGAACUUGGAGAAAAUUUAUCCGAUCAAGAACUUCGUGCUAUGAUAGAAGAAUUCGAUCGAGACGGAGAUGGUGCACUUAAUUUGGAAGAAUUUAUGGCACUGAUGACAAAGGAGAUAUAGUUCGGAGAGCUCCUUUUUUUCAACUCGAGGGAAAGCACGAACAAAAAUGCUGUUCUCUCACCUGUAUCUUUUUGCUUACUAACAAGUAUUUCAAUUAGUACUUUGAGCAUAAUUUACGUCUUUUUUUUCCUGAAGUUUAUAUCAUCCCCUGUAUAUACAUGUAUAGGUAAUAUGUUUGUGUAAGUGAUUGGUGGACUUCUAUGUGGUUGAAGGAUUUUAAUUCCAUUUGAAGUAUAACGAGGAGUGGUUUUAGCACUGAUAAUCAGUCGUCAUUCACACACACUUUUACCUGAUGAUUCAAUCAAAAGAAAGGAGACGAAAUGCGUUUCUUCUUCGCGUUCUUCCUCUCCUAUUGUUCAUAUUCAACUUACACAUAUAUAUACAUAUACACAUGGUACUUUUAUAUUUGAAUCACUAUGCCUGUGUAUACAAACCUGCCUAGCCAUAUAUUCUGUUCAUUGUUCAUUGUAUUCCUUUUGUAAAUUGUUAUACAUAUAUCUAUCUAUACAUAUAAUAUCGAAUUACACUAUAUUACCAACAUCUAUUGACGUUGUGUUUAUGCUUCAUUUAUUGAUAUGAAAGUGAUAUAUAUACCAUAUAUGCCGUUGAAAUGAUGUACACGCUUGCAUGAAAAGGAAUAAAAUAUCAUUAUUAUUUCCUUUGUAGCAUUCUGUUGUGUUUGUUGUCUAUUCUUCCCUCAUAGAUGCCUGUUUUUCUUCUUCCUUAUGAUUAGUCAGUGGAAGUAUGCAUUUUCAAGGUCAGCGAAUAAAUAUACAUGUUUGUAGUGUAUGACACAGUCAACUCCUGUAGACACUGGUUAAGGU